UCUUUCUUUUAAGUUAACCAAAUGGGACUUGCCCGUGUGCAGCGCUAUGCAAUAAACGAGGCUGCAGAUCUGUUUGAAGAAGCAAGAAGUAUACUGGAAAAGGAAUAUGGGCCAUAUCAUCCAGAUACAUUAGGGGUCUAUAGCAAUCUUGCUGGCACUUAUGAUGCAAUGGGAAGGCUAGAUGAUGCCAUUGGAAUUUUGGAAUAUCUCGUUGGAAUGAGAGAAGAGAAGCUAGGAACAGCAAAUCCUGAUAUGGAUGAUGAGAGGCGGAGGUUAGCAGAGUUGUUGAGAGAAGCCGGCAGGGUCCGGAACAGGAAAACCAGAUCACUAGUUACACUCCUCGACACCAACCCUGAGAUCAUAAACUCAAUAGCAUCCAUGAGUAUCCAUGUCCUUCUCUUUUUCUGAAAGUUACAAGGAUGGAGAAUUCCCAACAAUGAAGUUUUUUUUUUUU